AUGGUUCAGACCAUCCCUGUGAUCCUCUAUUGGUUUCUUUUGGUAUUCUAUAAUUUGUUAAGGGUUUAUGGGAAUGCUGAAGCUGAUGCAUUGAGGGUCCUAAAGGCACAAUUAUGCGAUCCUACGAAUAUUUUGCAAAGUUGGGAUCCUAUUAGUGUCAGUCCAUGUUCUUGGUAUCAUGUUACCUGUGACAAUUGGAAUAGAGUUACUAGAGUUGAUCUUCAAAACACAGGCUUGUCUGGUCAGUUAGUUAAGCAGCUUGGUCAACUUACAUCCUUACAGUACUUGGAGCUUCACGGUAGUAAUAUCACUGGAAGAAUUCCUAAGGAGCUUGGGAACUUAACGAACUUAGUGAGUUUGGAUCUUUACAUGAACCGGUUAGAAGGCAAGGCUUUGUCUCUGAUCUUUGUCUCUUUUUGCAAGGAUAGUCGUCUUAAUAACAACAAUUUGACGGGAACUAUUCCAAUUUCCUUAACUACUAUAGAUACACUAGAAAUUCUUGAACUAUCAAACAACAAUUUGAGCGGAGUUGUGCCUUUCUAUGGCUCCUUUAUGCAAUUCAUGCCCAACAGUUUUGCCAAUAAUCCCGACUUGACACUCGUGGUUGUUCCACAAGCUCAAGCUCCUUCACAAUCUCCUUCAGUGGGCAACAACCACACUGGAGCUAUUGUCGGAGCUAUUGCUGCUGUUGUUGUUCUCUUUAUUGCACUUGCUUUGUGGCGGGACAGAAAACAACAACUACAAGUUGAUUCUUUUACGUUUUUAGCUGAGGAGGACCCCAAAGUUCAUCUGAGACAAUUAAAGACGUUUUCUCUACGUGAACUACAAGCUGCAACCCAUGAUUUUAGCAACAGAAACAUUCUUGGUGAAGGUGCAUUUGGUAAAGUUUACAAAGGAUGGUUGGCUGAUGGUUCUCUGGUGGCUGUAAAGAGACUCACAGAUCGUGUUCAUGGUGGUGAAUUGCACUUCCAGAAGGAGGUUGAGAUGAUAAGCAUGGCGGUGCACCGGAAUCUACUUAGGCUGCAAGGAUUUUGCAUGACAUCAACUGAACGGUUGCUUGUUUAUCCAUACAUGGCCAAUGGCAGUGUUGCAUCUUUUCUAAGAGAUAGACAACCUGCACUUGAUUGGCCGACCAGGAAACGAAUUGCACUUGGAUCCGCAAGGGGCCUUGCCUAUCUGCAUGAUCAUUGUGACCCUAAGAUCAUUCACCGUGAUGUGAAAGCCUCAAAUAUCUUGUUGGAUGAGGAGUUUGAAGCAGUUGUCGUAGACUUUGGAUUGGCGAAACUCAUGAACUACAAGGAUACUCAUGUUACAACAGCCGUCUGUGGUACAAUUGGACACAUAGCGCCUGAGUAUCUAUCCACUGGGAGAUCUUCAGAAAAAUCCGAUGUUUUUGGGUACGGGGUGAUGCUUCUGCAACUCAUCAGUGGGCAACAAGCCUAUGAUCCUACUCGCCUUGCCAAUAAUCACAGCGAUGUCCUGUUGCUUGACUGGGUGAAAAGACUUUUAGGGGAUAAGAAAGUUGGAGAUGCUGGUGGAUGCGGAUUUAGAAGGUAA